CGUCAUUAUCGAUAGUUCUGUAUGUACCGAGUAUACAAAGACAUUCCUCCGUCUCCAGACCUCGAUCGAACUCAGAACCAUUUACAUCGAUUUACCCUGGAGCUUUCGGUUGGAUUUUGUGACUGAUCUUUAUACCUUUAAUUAACAAUUUAUUUCGUCGCAUAUAUACAAAGAAAAAUACACGGGAAGUAUCACAAUGGCCGACGAAACAGCUCUUACGGACUUCCCCUCGCUCUUCUCCUUGAAGGGUAAGAUUGCCGUCGUAACAGGUGGCUCGCGAGGAUUGGGUUUGAAUGCAGCUUCGGCUUUCCUCCAAGCCGGAUGUUCUAAAGUCUUCAUAACCUCGCGCAAAGCCGCGGGCUGCGACCGCGCGGUCGCACAACUCAACGCCCUGCCCAACCUCCAACCAGGCGCCCGCGCGAUCUCCGUCCCAGCAGACAGCAGCACACUAGCCGGUAUCGAGUCCCUCGUCUCGCAAGUAUCGAAACAUGUCGACCACAUAGACAUCUUAUUCGCGAAUGCGGGCGCUACAUGGGGUGAAGCCUUCGACACACACCCCGACGCCGCGUUCCAGAAAGUCAUGGACUUAAACGUGAAAAGCGUAUUCCUCAGCGUACAAAAAUUCGCUCCUCUCCUUAGUAAAAAAGCUACAAUCGACGACCCCUCGCGCGUUAUCAUCACAGCGAGUACAGCUGGUCUAGGAGUCGGGAGUUUGGGUCCCCAGGCUACUUAUGGAUACAGCGCGAGUAAAGCAGCUGCGAUCCAUUUAGGCCGUAAUCUAGCUAUUGAGCUUGCGCCGCGACAUAUACUCGUUAAUUCCAUCUGCCCAGGUUUCUUCCCUACGAAGAUGGCGAAUGGGUUGUUGGAGAUGACAGGCGGUAUUGCGAAGCACGCUGCUGGGAACCCGAUGGGACGGUUAGGAAAGCCGGAGGAUAUCGCGGGUGUGGUGGUCUAUUUGUCUAGCCGGGCAGGUUCGCAUGUUAAUGGCGCGGCUAUAGAGAUUGACGGCGGUGCGCUGUGGAAAAGAGGUGGUUUCCUAGAGCCGGAGCCUGAAUCCAAGUUAUGAUAUACCUAUACCUACCUAGGUUACUCAAUGUCAUCGUGAUAAGGGGCGAGAGAUUGUAAAGUACCUAAUGGAAGCAAGCAAACGAGAUUUUGUAUCCGUUAUUAAAUGUCAUGCCAAUACGUUCUCAUUCAUCAUAUAUUCAUCUAAGGUAGAAACAAGU